CAGGAAGUGAACGAUCGUCAUAGACGGAUUUAAAAACAGGAAAAUGAAAACCGCAGGAACACUGCUUAGCCCCCCGGACUGACAUGAACACACUGCUCCAUCUUUUUGUUGUGGUUUUGUCAUUGACAAGUUUGUCUUUGGUCGUCGUGUGUCUGGAUCCUGUUCCAGUUCAGAUCGUGACGACACCAGUGCUGGUGGCAUCAGGGAAAGAUGCCGUCUUCACAGUACAGACGGUGUCUGACGUGUCCCUUAUCAGAUGGACCGAUAGCACAGCCGCCACGCUGGCCUUGUGGGCGAACGGGAGCCCGGUCAUCAUUCCCAUCCAGCAGUACCUGGGCAGAAUCUCUGUCACGGCCACUCAGCUCAAAAUCACCAACAGCCAGAUCCGUGAUUCUGGAAACUACAGUGUCUCUGUCGAACCCUCGCCUACCACUGGAUUCGGCGUGAACACCCGUUCAGUGCAGCUCAAAGUGUUUGAUGCUGUGAACGGAGUUAGUUUGUCCCUGCCGUCUCUGCCGCUGGAGGGUGGGAACGUGUCUCUGAGCUGCAGCUGGUCUGUGGGUUCAGACGUCAGUGUGGUUUGGGGUAAAGGAGGCACUGCUCUUUCCUCUGACAGCCGCAUUACUAUCAGCGCUGGAUCUCUGCUCAUCAAGCAGGCCAGGAGAGACGAUGCAGGAGAAUACACAUGCACCGUCAGAAACGCCGUCAGCGCUCAAACAGCCAAGUCCACCCUCAGUGUCUACUAUGGACCAGACGCCCCACAGUUGACUAAAACCUCAAGUGAGUGUGUUGGUGGAGGAGAUGCUACUGUGGGACAGACGGUGCGUCUCACCUGUACGUCUGCCUCUCUACCUCCUGCCUCCUUCUCAUGGGAACUUAACGGCCAGCCGGUGACCACCGGCCAAUCAGGGAGUGGCGUGCUGAGUCUGCAGAUCUUCUCCUCCAAUCAGAGCGGCCGUUACACCUGCAUCGCACAGAAUGAUGUCACAGGAGGGACAUCGAAGCAGCAGGUUGACCUGGCUGUUGUGGGUACGUGUCUGAGCGGAGGCGCUGUGGCGGGGAUCGUUGUGGCCUGUGUUGUUGCACUCAUCAUAAUUAUUGUUGUCAUUAUUUUGCUUCUGCGACAAAGAAACGUGGAUCGGAGACUCAAAGAUACUAUUGGACGUCAGAAUACAAACCAGAAUGAAGGAAUCACAAUUGCAAACAGAGCUCUUGUCAAUGAAAACCACCUUAAUCCACCAUUACACAACACACACCCACAAAACUUCACUGCCGUUCCCAAUGACAACAAUGGGAACAUAAACACAAUGUCACAAAACAUGCCCAGCAACUCCAACCCACUCCUUAAUAAUGGACAACAACACACUGAUGUAUUCCAACGCAACUUCAGUACAGUCCCAGACAAUGGGCAUCAAAACAAUUCAUAUCCAAACAAUGACCCUCAGAGGUCCUUCCCACAACCUGUCCAAAACAAUCCCAAUAUUCUCAUACAAACGGGCAGUUCUCAGCCUGGUGCGCUUGCCCAUACAGUUCAUGUAAACCUCAACACCUUGCCACGAACCGACCAGUUUAAUAAUACACAACCUCAAACGGUGCAUGUCAACUUGAACACAUACCCUCCAGAAGCACAUCAGGUGGUCCAGCAACAUGCAAACCAUGGAGAAAGUGCACUACAGAGUCAACAUACUAACGCCAACCAUCAAAAUCAUUCUCAGACUGGUAAUCAAACACAAACAACACUUAAUAAUGCUUUACCAAAUGGUUCUCGCCAACCCAACAGCCUCAUUCAGACUGGAUACUCGCACUCUACCGACCAAACCAAUGCAAACCGCCGAAAUCCCAACUCAAGAUCAUCAACAGAAGAGCGAAGUCGGCGUUCAAACCCCGUUCAGACCAACAACCAGUUCAAUGACUCCAGAACGCACCUCCAACAGUUGCCUUGGGACCGUUUGCAGGGAACGCCGGCGUAUCCCAACCCCGAAAUCUAUAGUUCAGACAGUAGUGGAUCUUCAGAUUUGCCACAACGAGAUGCACAGAGAAAUCGUUCUGCUCCGAGAUACCGGGAAACUGAACCUUCGGGAAGGUUGACCCAAGCUGCUCCUCCCCAAAGAAGAGACCUCCAGAGACCAAUCGUGCCCAACAACUCUCAAUUGGACCCAAAUGUGCAGAGACAAGCGGUCCAACAGAACUUAAGCAGCCAACCACAAGUCCAAUCUCAAAUCCAGACUGCAAUGCCUCAAACCCAAACCUCUCAGGCUCAGAAUCCAAUCGCCAUUGGUCAACCAAGGGGAACGAUUAUACCUCAAACCCAAACCUCUCAGGGUCAGAAUCCAAUCGCCAUUGGUCAACCAAGGGGAACGAUCAUACCUCAAACCCAAACAUCUUAUGGUCAGAAUCCAAUCCCCAUUGGUCAACCAAGGGGAACGAUCAUACCUCAAACACAAACUGGCACCAGACCAAAUCAGACCGUGCCUCAGCCAUCCAUUCCUCUCACUGAGGCUGCCCUACGCCAACACACCACCCAAAUCGAUAACCCUUCUGCCAACUGGUUCCAGCAGUCUCAAGCUGCCUUGCAGAAUCCUGGACCUUCUCAACCCGUCCAGCAGCUCAACAAAGUGGGCCAGAGGCCUCCUACUCCACCUCCAGUGCUGCGGCCAGACCAGUUCCAGAAACUUCCACGUGAACGCAUGCAGCAGCCGCGCACCAUCCAGCCUGUGACCGUGCAACGCAGACACAGAUCUCCAAACAUGCACAAGCAAACUGGAGUUUUGCAUACAAGUCCACAGCGAAUGCCAGGAGUGCAUCCAAUGCAUGCAACCGUGCAUGGGCACCCAACACACAUGCGUCAGCAGGUCCACAGAGGCAGACCCAGACGUUGAGAAAAUGCAGCGCUCGUCUGGCUCGACAGUAUUUGGGCUGCGCAAAACUUUCGUACAAAGCACAAUGUCUCUCUGGUGGAAAGAAACAAACGCUCAGCCAUUCCUCCGGCCCUCGGCUUACUGUGCCAUACAGAUCUUUGUAUUUUGUCGGAGGGAUGGCAUUAUUGAUAAAAAGACUGAUGUUUUUGUUUCUCCUGCACAGCUGUAAUUUAUGCAUGAGAAAUCCGCGGCUGUUGAACAGGACACUGUGUGAAUUUCAUCCUGGUGAACAAUGCUGCUUUGGGAUUUGUCUUGUGCUCAAGUGUCUAAAAAAAAUAAAACACAAUGCAGUGUUUUUGCACUGACAGGAAGACUUCCAAAUGAAUCAGGAUGGGUGGCAGGACUUAACGACUAAAUGAUAAAUAAUGGACUGCUGCUGUUUGUCCUUUAUUCAGCUUUCUGCUCACAGAUGCUUCUUGUAGCGCCACUCAAUUAGUUCGAUCCGCUACGGUGCUUUUGUGGAUGGAUUAUGCAUUUGAGAAUGAAGGAGAUACACCUAACGGACGUGUAAUUAAUUACGCUCUUUAAUUUUUAUGUUAAUGAUGUGGAACAUUCUAAUGAGUUUAAGUAAAAUAGGUUGUUGACGGGCCUUGCAAAAAUAUGAUGAAAAGCAAAUGUUUGGUCAGAUGGUUUAUGUCAUGUACUUUUUUUUUUUUUUACUAAUAAAUUCUCAGUUUUUAUCA